AUGGCGUUGUUAGGAAUUUUGAAUGAAAGAGAACAUGAUUACAGUUGUUCCAAAUAUUCUGAUAAUUUAUCCGGAUCUGUGAGUUUCGGGACAUCAAAACCAAAUCGAGAUACAAGUACCUUCUGUAGCGUUCGCUCUCAUGCCAUCUUUACAAUCUCACUGGACCAAAGUAGAAUCACACGGGUCACCAAAGAUGAUGCUGGAGAUAAUAUAUUAUCUGCAAAACUUCAUUUGGUGGACCUUGCUGGUUCAGAGCGUGUCAAAAGAAUGGGAACAGAUGGGUUGCGUUUGAAAGAAGGCAUUCACCUAAAUAGAGGAUUAUUGUCUCUUGGAAAGGUGAUACGAUCUUUAGGAGAGAAAACGAGGAAGGAAGGAGGGCAUGUUCCUUACCGCGACAGCAAGUUAACACGUAUGCUUCAGGACUCUCUUGGCGUUAAUGGCAAGACAGUGAUGAUUGCUUGUGUGAGUCCCGCAAACAUAAAUGCCGACAUAACAUUGAACACUUUGGAGUAUGCCAAUCGUGCUCGAAUCAUCCAGAACAAGGCAUUUGUAAGGAUGUCUACAGGGUUGCAAACUCCACUCCAAGCCUGUAGAGCUCAAUCUUCUGCAGCAAGGAAGAGAGAUAUAUCAGGCAAUUCAUCUAAUCCAGUAAUGCUUGAAAGUGUUGAAGUACCUGUAGAGGUACAUAUAUUACUAAUUGGGUGGGUUCAAGACAUAAAUCUGUACAUUAAAUAUCUAAUCCAGUAA